AUGAAUGUAGGAAGUGGUGGAGGGGAUGGUGGGAGUGGAGUUGGUGGAAAAUCAUCAGGUUCUUCAAGGAUACUGUCAGACGGACAACUUUUCAUUGAACAAGUUAGGAAAAGUUCCAGAACUCCGCUUGUUAGUGUCCUGCUACAUGGACCUCCUAGUAGUGGUAAAACAGCAUUGGCGGCCACAAUGGCGAUGGCAUCAGAAUUUCCUUUUAUCAAAUUAAUUUCACCAGAAAGUAUGGUUGGAUAUUCAGAAUCAGCUAAAAUGACUGCAAUAAACAAGGUGUUUAAUGAUUCUUAUAAAUCACCAUUAAGUGUCAUAGUCAUGGAUAACAUUGAAAGAUUACUAGAUUGGGUACUAUUGGACCAAUAUUUUUUAAUUCCAUCUUACAAACAUUAUUGGUUUUACUCAAAAAAAGACCUAAAUGGGUUCUUCAACAAAUUGGAUAUGUCGGAUUGUUUCAAUUCUGAAAUUGAAGCACCAAAUAUUGUUGAUUUGAGUUCAAUUGAACUUGUAUUCAAAAGAUUGCCAUUAUUCAAUAAUGAUGAAAAAGAACAAUCACUUGAAACUCUUAACAAAAUCACCCUAUUCAAAUAG